GUUGAUCUUCACUGCGUUUCUGGGCCAUGGCGGAAGGGGAUGGCGACGGAGCGACGGGCCUCGACCGGCCCAAGGAGCCGGAGGAGAUGACGGCCUUGGAGCGGGCCGCCUUUGCCGAGCGCUGCCGAGAGAUCGGAUCGCGAGGCUUCAAGGCCGGGGACUGGCAGUAUGCAGCGCUGGCCUACUCCGAGGGCCUUCGGUACCUGGAGUACGAGCCGCAUGAUGGCGAAAUGCAGCCAGACCCGAGCUUCGAUCAUGGCGGCAAAGCACAGCUGGACAAGGACAUGGCUCUGGCGGUGACACUGUUCAGCAACCUGGCGGCCGUGACGCUGAAGCUUGAGGAACCCCGAGACGCAUUGGACUACGCGGAGAAGGCGUUGCGUUUUGAUCCUCGUCAUGCCAAGGCUGCGCUCCACCGCGCGAAUGCACUGCUUGCGCUGGGGGACUAUCAGGCGGCCAAGGCGGCGGCACAGGCGUUGGAGCCGGAGAUCUCCGCGAAGGUGGCGGCACAGGCGGAGCGAGCGCUGCGGGAGGCCAAGAGGCAGGAGAAGGCUUUCUUCAGCAAGAUGCUGAACAGCAGCGCCCGGUGAGCACGGGCUUCUCCGGUAAGCUUCCGGGCGACUGACAGGGCCCCAGAUUUCCACUCAUCUCCCCUACCUUGGCCCCUG